CCUGCUGUUUACUCAGUCUCCUUCAUACCCUGAGUCGUGAAGGCGUUUAAAGGGAGCUACAGGCGGGCCGAAGAAAAGUCCGAGGAGACUGGAUAUUAACCCGCUGUCAAGGCUUCGGUAAAUUAAUGAGAAAGAGGGCAGUGCAUAGUCCGGUUCUAAAUGGAGCUACGUCGGUUUUCCGCUUUUUGGUGUGGAAUGAUACUCUUUGGUAGUAUUCUGCUCGAGGAGGCGGAGGCCUCUAUAAUGCAGUUAAAAAGGCUGUGCAAGUUUUGUGAUAUACAGCCAACUAACUGUUCUGGUAAAGGGAGCUGUAAGGUGGAGUGUGCUCGUACUGCCAUUUGCCCCAGAGAGGAAGAAGUGUGUGUCAGUAUUUGGAGGAAGAAAGAUGACAAUGUUACCUUUGAUACAGUGUGCCACGACCCAGCUGAAAAACUGUAUGGCCUGGUGCUGGAGGACUACAACAACAGCAAGUGUGACAUGAAGGACCUGAGUCGCCAGGACUCGAAGUUCUUCAUCUGUUCGUGCUCGGAGGAUGAAUGCAAUGAGCACGUCUUUUUUAACCCAAGACCCUCAGAACCACAAGUGAUGACUGUCAUCUUAGUAAGCCUGGUGCCUCUUCUGGUUAUGGCUGUCAUGGUCAUCAUUUUCUUUUACUUUUACCGCAUCUGCCGUCAGCGCAAUGCUCACUCCAGACACAAGAAAGGUCCUCUGCUGGACAGCGAUCGUCUUGUCAUUAUAGAAGAGGAAGGUUCAGACAGCAGCUCCACGCACGCCAACAAUCUCAACCACAACACUGAGCUGCUGCCAAUCGAGCUGGAUGUCCAGGUUGGAAAAGGGCGCUUUGCAGAAGUUUACAGAGCCAAGCUGAAGCAGGGCUCCUCUGUUAGCAUGGAGCAGGGCUUUGAGACAAUAGCAGUUAAGAUUUUCUCACACGAGGAGUAUCCAUCCUGGAAGAAUGAGAAGGAAAUCUUCUCAGAUGCAGACCUGAGACACGAGAAUGUGCUUCACUUCCUGACAGCAGAGGACAGGAAGGCGCAGAGACAGUACUGGCUGAUCACAGCCUAUUAUCCACGAGGGAAUCUCCAAGAGUACCUGACUCAUAACAUUAUCAACUGGCAUGACCUGUGGCUGCUGGGCAGUUCGCUAGCCCUUGGAGUGGCGCACCUUCACAGUGACCGCACCCCCUGCGGCCGCUCCAAGGUGCCUAUCGCACACAGGGACAUUAAGAGCUCCAACAUACUUGUGAAAAAUGACUUGACCUGCUGCCUGUGUGAUUUUGGCCUCGCGCUUCGGCUGGACAGCUCUCUGUCUGUGGAUGAGCUGGCCAACAGUGGGCAGGUGGGCACUGCCAGGUACAUGGCCCCCGAGGUGUUGGAGUCCCGAAUCAACCUAGAAAACAUUGAGUCUUUCAAACAAGCAGAUGUUUAUUCCAUGGCUCUUGUGCUGUGGGAGAUUAUCUCAAGGUGCAGUGCCGUUGGAGAGGUGAAAGCAUACGAGCCACCGUUUGGAAACCUGAGGGAACACCCGUGUGUAGAGAGCAUGAAGGAUAGUGUCCUCAGAGACAGAGGAAGACCUGAGAUCCCCAACAACUGGAUCAACCACAUAGGCAUCCAGAUGGUGUGUGCCUCCAUAGAGGAGUGCUGGGACCACGACCCAGAGGCCCGUCUCACCGCCCAUUGUGUGGCUGAGCGCUUCGAUGACAUGGAGUACCUGGACAAGCUGUCAGAUUGCUCUGACUCAGAGGAGAAAAUCCCUGAAGAAAUCUUUGUGGUGGAUGAGAAGUAAAUGUUUAACAGAAACACCGCCCCCUCCAGAGUGGCUGAGGAAUUGCUAACAAGCUGCUGAGGGGAAUAUGAGUGGAGGCACUGUUUGCAUGGUUUGGAUCAGCAGAGAUGUGCGGCAGAGGAAGAAAUUGGGCUUACAUAGUUUGGAUUAAGUCAUGAACAAACAGGGAGAUCACAUCAUAAAGCUUCUUUUUUUUUUUCUUCACCAAAUACUAUUUGCACUUUAUAAACAUCUAUGCACACCAAAUUAUAUAUAUUUUGUGUCUUAUUUGUUUUGACAUUUCAGGUAUAGGAAUUAAACAGACUGCACAUAUUUUUAUUAAAAAUGGGGCAAAAGAGAGCAAUGGAAAAUAUUCAGACACUAAGAUCCCCUGCAGUUACUUUGUUUUCCGGGGUGGCCAGGUGGUCUUGGAUCAAAGUCAAAGGAGUGGAAUGAAGCAACAUUCAAGGUGCUAAAAGAACCUGUGGUAUGAAGUGGAAAUUAUUCACAGCAAAGAAGUAGGAGAAAAAAAUAACAUCCAAAGCAGUAAUCUGCAGGGAUAGCUGAUCAUAUGUCAAGGACUAUGAACUGUAAAAUAAAGACAGAAAAAUCACCCUGACGGGGGGGGGGCAUUUUACUCAGAGGACUCUAAACUGAAAAAGGAAGUCUGUUUAAUAAGACAAAAAGACUAACGGGAAUGGAGAGAUGUAUUAAGGACUCUAAACUGGAGCAUCCAGUCAGUCCCUAUGUUAUAAAAGCUGAACUUUUUCUCUUUUUUGUUAUACAGAGAAGGAAAUUCAGAUCCAAUGCUCAAACUAUCUGUAUUAAAGGACUUUUUGUAUAGAAAUCAUUAUUAAAAAAUGUUACUGUACUCUCUGCUUCAGUUU